UUCUCUCUCUACUCUCUAGAAAGUGUUUGUGUUUUUCUCUCUACAUCUCUAGUUCUCAACUAUUCACAUAUGAUUUAAUAGCAGAUUUUGUGUAGGAGAAACAAAAAGCAAUCUCUUUCUUUGCUCAGAACAAGAGUUGGGUUCUUGCAGAAAACAUAGACAAAAGAAGAAAAGAGAUCAAAGUUUGAGUCUUGAUCAUCAGGGAGGAGCUAGCUUUGGCAAGUUUGAGAAAGCUAGAAAAGGGCUUGUUUGGAGGUUUGAAGACUUCUUGGAAAUGGUUUUCAUGUCUGACAUUUUCUUUGCUGCGGAAGAGAAGGUGGAAGAAGGAGCUUGGGAGAAAGAGCGAUAAAGGAUACGCAUAAACAAACCCAAAUUAGCAGAAAGUUGAGAGAAAAAGCUAUAAUAAAAAAACGUUGGGAUUCAAUUUUGAUCUGCUUCUUCUACUGGGUUUAUAAUGGCAUUAUCUGCAACUAUUCUCAGCGACCCAAUGGUUCUGCCACCAGCCGCAGAAACCCAACAACCGCAAGCCACAAAACUCAUUGCCCAAAUCGAAAUCGAGUUUGUUAAAUGUGACUGCUGCGGCCUGUCGGAGGAAUGCACCCCGGCCUACAUUCAACAUGUUCGGGAACGAUAUCAGGGCCAUUGGAUAUGUGGGUUGUGUGCAGAGGCCAUCAAAGAUGAGAUUGUGAGGUCUGAGAGGCUCAUAAGCACAGAAGAAGCCAUGGCUACCCACAUGAACUUCUGCAAGAAGUUUAAGGCGUCAGGGCCCCCUCCAGACCCAACGGUUCACUUGAUAUCUGCCAUGAGGCAGAUUCUUAGGCGCAGUUUGGAUUCUCCAAGGGUUUUGAGAUCAACUCCAACUAGCCCAACAAAGAUCAAUGGCAAGGGGCUUAAAAGGUCUGAGAGUUGCUUUCCAACUCUCACUGGUUGAGAUUGAUCUGGCGGUGUUGGAACUAUGGGAAUAAGAAUCAAAGUGGGAAGAAGUUUGGCAAAUUUACAAUUUCAUUUGCUGAAAAUAAAAACCCAGAAAGGAAAAAACUAAAAGAGUAAUUUAAUUUUUAAGGGUAGAUGUUUAACUUAGGUUGUACUUAGUAUUGAAUACAGAGCCUUUUUCUUUUCCUCUUCAUUCUUUUUUGUUCUUUCUGUUGCUAGAAAUUCAAUCUCUCUUUCUGAUCAAA